CUAACGCGUUUUCCCUCAUUUAGGGUAGACAAAACAAAUAUGUACACCCAAGCGGAGAGCAAGAAGAAAGCCAGUCGUGUGCUUAACUCGUCUUCACGAGGGAUGACCAGUUCUGUUUCAGGCAUGCAUAAGGUCGGUAUGACUUCAAGAAACAAAUGGAGCUUCACAGGUUCACUGACCCGCAAAGGAUCCAUCCUGGCCGGUCACAGAAGCAGCAAACUGAGCAUCGUGGAUGACAGGAGUGAAGUCCCCAGAGCUGUUCAGGUCCUGGAUGACGAAGGCAAUGAUGUCACUCCUCUGCCCCUGUAUCAAGAAGAGCCAGGAGACAAGCUCAAGCAAGGCAAAUUCAUCCUGGAAGAAGUAUUUUCCAGUUUAAGAUCUGACCACUUAAAAUCCUCUUCCACCUUCAAUCUGCCCAAUGCCAGCUCGUACAUGGGAAGCAGCCCAACAUCAAGCAUGAGAGCAUCAAUGACCAAGGAGAGUGAGGAUAGUGUUCUAGACAUACCGACCCUACCUCCAGCUCCAUGGGAGGUCCCAAGAAAAAGAGAAAAUGUGGAACAACAGGUGACAGAAGAGAUGCUGGAUGAGGUAGUAGACGUAUUGCUCCAUGAGACAGACACCAUUACCCUGCUGGACAUGCCCAACAACUCUGUGUCAGAGGAUGCUGAGGAAGCAGAGGCCAUUGAAAAACAAAACAUUCAGUACGCCGAACUUUGCAAGAACAGAUUGGGAAACGAUAAGUAUGUGGACCGAUCAACACAGACAUUCAGCGAAGCACCAAAAAACAAACAGAACCAGUGUGACCAGAUAGUCACCCUGGAUGAAGGCACGAUGGCAACUGUCUGGGACAUCUAUGACUCUUUCUGUGAGAAAGAAGAAACACCUGAAAGUGAAGUGGCUGACUUCCCUGAUUGUGCUGUGAGUAGCAGUCAGGAGAGGAAAGAUGACAAGAGCAGCAGCAGCAGCACAGUCAUCACAGGUAGUACCGCUAGCUCACUGUUUGAGAAGGAAUCAUGCAGGAGUAGUUUAAAUGCAGAGCCCGACCCACAAGUGAUCACGAUGUCCGAGUCAUUCCAACACAGCUUAUUAGUGUUGGAGAGGAGUGUCAUGCUAAACCUCUUCCAACCCAAGCUGGCUGCUUAUAGACAGCUGCCCAUACUAGAAGAUCCUGACAGCACAGAGAAGCCUACAGCUGAGGAACAGAGAAAGGAGUGCGAGGAGAGCUCUUCAUCGCCAACUCUAGAAGCUCUUUGGUCUUUCAGCUGUGAGCUCACCAGAGGGUGCAACAUUACAACCAUGGCCUUGAACAAGGAGAACCCGGAUCUCCUGGCUGUGGGCUAUGGUGACUUUGUUUCCUUUAGCCAGAAACCAGGUUUUAUCUGCUGCUGGUCCCUCAAAAAUCCUUCGUGGCCCGAGCGUGUCUUCCACUGUCAUAGUAGCGUGACGUCCCUGGAUUUCUCAGCCAAAAACUCUGGUCAGCUAGCUGUGGGGAUGUAUGAUGGCACAGUGGCCAUCUAUAAUGUCACAUGUCUGAACAACAUGGCAUGUAUUGCCAGCAGCAGUGAGUGCUCUAAAAGGCACCUGCACCCAGUGUGGCAGGUGAGGUGCAUCAAACAAGAGAUGAAUCUGUCAGGACAGGGAAGUGUAGAAAAUGUCGUCUCUGUGUCGACAGACAGCAGGGUCUCCAAGUGGCUCCUCAGCAGCAACGCUCUCGACUGCAUAGACCUGAAGAAGCUAAAAAGAACUCAAAAUGUGAGGAAGACGGAAGAAAGUGUUUUGCCUGCAAUGACUCCUGGUCUGAGUAUUGACUUCCACCCAAAUGAUUCCAGUGUCUAUCUGGUGGGCACGUAUGAGGGACACAUCCACAAGUGCUCCAUCUCAGACAGUCAGCAUUCUGUUGGUACUUACAAAAAACACAUUUGCCCUGUGACCCACAUUGAAUGGUCUCCAUUUACUCCUGAUGUGUUCCUGAGCUGCUCCACUGACUGGAGCAUCCAGCUGUGGAGGCAGGACCUCUCCUCCCCUGUGCUGAGCUUCACAUCCACUCAGACGGCCGUCAAAAUUGUUAGAUGGUCUCCACGCUGGUCCACAGUAUUUGCAGCCGUCAAAGCAGAACAGCUGGAGCUCUGGGACCUGAAUUCAAACAUACUGAACCCAAUCGUAGUGCACCAAGCUAAACCUGGUGUGAGGUUUACGUUCCUGCUGUUUGCCAGAGGGACAGACUGUCUGUUGGUGGGGGACAGUGAUGGGCAGGUGACCGUCUACCAGAUCAAAAACCUCUGCAUGGAAGAAGGCAAGCAGGCGGACAGUUUGGAAAACAUUGUUUGCUCUGUGGUCUCCAGGCAGAUUCAGACUACACAAACCUAAUAUAUACUUUUAGUUUACA